CAACAGAUCUUUGAUAGAUAAAACCUUCAUGGAACAUUCCUUUACCUCUUCGAAAAACAUAGGAGGCAACUUGCCAUAUGGAGUAUCUUUUCAUUUAUUCUUUUCUUGCCAAUGGAUGGACAUUAAUAUUGUUAUCUUCAGUGAUCAUGAAAUAGGUGGUUGUUAGCGUAUUUACGAGUUAGUUCACAUGAGGAUCUAUUUUUCAUUGGUGACCUUCAAACGGAUAUAGUUAUGCGACCCGGGCACGUCUAGUUAGCGGCUUCAAUUCAAAUCCAGUGAAAUGGACAGUUGUCGACAACGUUGGAGUAUAUGCCACGUCACGUAACUCCUGAUCUCCACGUAAACAGCAUGCACCGGCCUGGCCAGUUCAUUCACUGAACGUAAGCUUAUUGACUUGCACACACAUCCUUCAGCCUAAAACGCUGAGCUUUGUGCUUGACAUAUACAAGAGGUAUCCGAUUAACUUACUAUUAUAUGCAUUUAGCGGCAGCUGUACCAACAUUACUGCAAAUGAGCAUUCUAUCCGUAGAUACUGUCCACGUAUCAGUCGCAUUUAGUAUCCAAAAUAGGCCACUAUUUUUUUUUGGCAAUGACACGAAGGAUCCUCAUUAGAGACACUUCGAAAACCCAUUCAUCGACGUUCCAUUUGCCCGCUCGUGUAUGCAGACGUGCCAAUUAACUGCAGCUAUUAGGACAACGAUAGACGUCUCGUGGAGGCGCCCCUGUACCCCUACUCACCUGGCACGUGAUAAGUGGAUCAUUCCUAUUUUUGAAGAGAUUGCGACGAAGUUCCUGUCCGGCCCUCUCUUACUGCAUAUUAGUGUGGGGACUGGCAGCAAAUAGAUGUUCGCAGCGGUUGACGUCGAUGAUUGUUGUCCCAGGUCUUCCUGGAUGAGGAUUGUCCUCUAUAAACUCCUGCGCGUUUUCGGAGUAAUUGAGCUUACUUUACCUUCACGCAAUUUCUAACUUCCGAAGAUAUUUUGUGACAUUCGCAGAGCAUUUCCUAAUUUACGCCCGUUGUUCCAUUUGAGAACGUUCACAAAUAUAUCGCCAAUAUACAAACUUAAUUUCACCGAAAAGCUCGAGAUUGCAUCAGAAUGGCAUGAAAUUCCACCUCCGAAUAACAGAAACUUUGCUUUUUUUUUUUGCCAAAACAGGUGUGCUUCACGAGCAGUCAGUCUGCAUAUAUAUACACCUCUCAUCAUGCACCGGCUCUUCGUGCCGAUGCACGCAGGACGAUCAAGCCAUUCGGAAUGCGACCGUGCCACCCGAAAUGAAACUGAUUGAAGCCAUUGACAUACAAGCUUAAGCUGGGACUGCACCGUGGCCGCCAUAAACGGACAUCCUCCGCGGUGAAGGUGCUGUGAGGUGAAAACCAGAUUUCAUCGAAUGAUGAUAGGUUUUUAUAUUCUAGUCCUUUUCGGGUUAGGUUCAGUUGAUACUGCUCGGCAAUCAAAUGAGUUUAUGGAUUACAUGCUGCGGCUGGUCAAUGGGGAAGCUGAACCGUACCGGCUCGAGGCCCUUCCAGUUCCAGACUUUAACGUUACCGUAAACUCAAAUUGGUUUACCAAUCGCGCAUUUAAGGCUAAAUUUCAGAAAGGCACAAUAAGAGGAUUGACACGAAUUAGGCGAAAAGGCGACUGUCAGCCCACCCGAUGGAUCCAUGGAAAUAUUACGCUGGUUUGUACGUUGGAUCUCUCAACGAUCAUUGCUAGUUACGAAGUUAAUGCUAAAGGACACAGCUUGAACCCACGAACAGAUUGGAUGGAUGUUCAUGUGAAGGUUGAGGUCGGGACGGCGGGCUUUGAAGCACAAUCAUUUCCAAACAGACCUCCCUACAUUAAGACAUUCAUAAUUCAACUACCAUUUGAGCUGUCGGUAAGACGGGUGCCUCGGAAGUCUCCCAUAGAUUUGAACGAGGGUCGUAGCGUCGAACUCACCCGUCAAAUCGUGCAGUAUGCAGAAAGAGCCAUCCAGGAUGCAGUAUUGGGCACGUACCUCAAAGCGCUGACGCGAGUUAUGACCAAAAAUUCCGACGUUCUGAUAUUACCGCCGGUAAAAUAACGCCGGCAUCUGAUAUGACUUACUCCAAGGCGAAUAAUCUCUAUGAUUAUUUUGUAUAGAAAUGUAGGUUAGGGCUAACCCGUCUCUCUCUCUCUCUCUCUCUCUCUCUCAGUGACAUUAAAGCAGUAUAUAGCAAAGAACAUAACAGUGAAAUCGCUCACUUUUGUAUCUGUUCUUCUUGAUCAACUCAACUAGCAAAAUUCUAUUGUAGGAUUAAUGCCAUAUUGAAAACAGUGCUCAGCGUCAACAACGCAAAUAAAGCUCGAUACAUUUAGAAUCAUAGAGCCAAUAAGUAGGACCUGUUGGACGAGAUUUUGCGUUUGCCGUUUGUUAUAUAUACAGUACCUUUGCUGUAUAUAGAAGGUGUUAAAAAUGUGAUGCAUAUGGAACCUAUACUUCCUGAAUAGGCUUUUACUGAUUGUCUAUUCUGAUUGAAUUAAAACGACAGAAAAAAACGUUCAACGCGACUUGCUUUGCACACGGCCGGGUCACUUUUUGAACACUCGGUAUAUUCAUAGUUAUCGACUGUCAUUGGAAUAAACAAUGUAACAGUAAAAGUUUAAAUAAAUAGCGUUAGAAACAAACUAGUUAAAUCAGUGUUAUGCUAUGGCACGUAAUUCCUACCCUUCACAUAAGUGAGUAUAGUUACUCUGAAUAGAAUAACUCAUGCUGAAUUUAGUGUGUACGUUCGCCAAUUAGCUCUUGAACUAAAUUUCCUUUCUUUCCUUUAUUUUAAAUUUUCCUUUUCUUUGCAAUAUACCUUAGUCACUUCAUUUUUGUAUCGUAAUGUACACAGAAAGUAAUUAAAUGGUUAGGCUCAAAUAUUUAGCUAGUAAUUAAUUAACAAAAAGUUCCACUAUUAAAAUUUAUUAAUUAUUAUUCAUAUGCUAUCUUCAAAAGCAAUAUGGCAUUAAAGCUGGUCAUUUUUUUUUCGAAUUUGUGCCCAAUGUUGCUUGUUCUGUGGGAAAAGUACGCGAAGAAAUCUAGGUAAGCAAUGCGAAAGAAAU